UUUUUUAAUGAUUUUUUAUUUUAUUUUGAUAUAUGUGUAACACAAAAAUAAUUGAAUAAAUACGGUGUAAUUUAGAUAAGUUGUAGUGAAUUAGUGUAAACCUAGCGCUCUAAAAAAACAAAACUUAGCAUUGUGCUAGUUAAGUCUAACUAUUACUCUUCCUUAUUAAGAAAAAGGUUUGACUAUUACUCUUCUAUCUUUUUGUUUAUUAUAAUUUCAUGUGGUUAGGAUAUCACUGGAUGAAAUUUCUAUGGGAGAGAAUCCCUUUCCAUACUCUUUUGGCCAUGAAUCACCAUCUAUAAAAGGGUUUGUCUUGGUUUAUGAAAACAUAAGCUAAGAUGGCAGAGGUGAAACUGCAUGGAUUUUGGUAUAGUCCUUUUACCUUUAGGAUAGUAUGGGCUCUAAAUCUGAAGGGUAUAUCAUACGAGCACAUAGAAGAAGAUCGUUUCAAUAAGAGUCCUCAACUUCUUCAAUAUAACCCAGUAUAUAAAAAGAUUCCAGUGCUAGUUCAUGAUGGAAAACCCAUAUGUGAAUCCAUGCUCAUUGUUGAAUACAUUGAUGAAAUAUGGACACACAACUCAUUGCUACCUGUUGAUCCCUAUGACAGAGCUCAAGCCCGGUUUUGGGUUAAAUACGUUGAUGAGCUGUUUCUGGCAAUUGCGGCCCACCUUGAUAGCAGAAGUGAUGAAGAACGAGAGAAGGCCAAAGAGAAUAUAUGGGAAGGACUCAGAGUUGUUGAGGAUCAGUGUUUGGGAGAUCAGAGGAAAUUCUAUGGGGGAGACACCAUUAGCAUUGUAGACAUAGCUCUUGGAUCUUUUGUCAAAGUUAUUGACGUUCAAGAGGAUAUGUUUGAAGUGAAGAUCUUGCAAAGUGAGAGGUUCCCUCGCUUGAAAUUAUGGUUUAAUAAUUUCAAGGAUGUUCCAAUCAUCAAAGAAAGCACCCCUAGUAAAGAGAAAUUGGUUGCUCUUUUAAAGCCUCUUAUUGAACAAAUCUUGGCGAGGAAAUGAUGGCUUCUAUGAAUUGAUAUAUACCAAAGCAUUAGUUUUUAUUUUUUGUUGUCUUUAUCCGUCAAUAAUAAAAGAAUAAAAUGGUUUUCUUUCUUUUAA